AUGAUGGUGCUCUCUAAGGCCGCAGGCGAGCGGCCGUCGUCGUCGUCCUCGGCUCCGGUGGCGGCGGAGGAGCAGCGGAGGGUCGUCAUGGAGCCUCGGGUGCCGGCGGCGCCAGCGAAUCUGCCGCCGGUGUCGAGCAAGGCGGAGAAGUUCCCGGCGCGGCCGGGGUUCGGGACCAUCGGGCGGAGGUGCCGCGUCCGCGCCAACCAUUUCCUCGUGCAGGUCGCCGACAAGGAGAUCUACCACUACGAUGUGGCAAUUGAUCUGGAAACGAGGUCUCGCGGAUGGAACAGAUCAAUAAUCAACGAACUAGUUAAAUUGCACAAGGAACACUUGGACGGUAGGCUGCCUGUUUAUGAUGGAAGGAAGAGCCUAUAUACUGCUGGUGCACUGCCAUUCAAGAGCAAAGUAUUUGUCGUCAAACUUGCUAAUGCCGCGAAAGCGAAUAAACGGGAGGAGGAAUACAAGCUGACCGUAAAGCUUGCUUCAAAUCUGGAUAUGUACAGCGUUCGGCAGUUUUUGGCUGGUAGAAGCAGGGAGCUUCCACAGGACACUAUCCAAGCUCUCGACAUCGCCCUAAGGGAGAGCCCCACAACAAAGUAUGUAUCGAUAUCUAGAUCGUUCUUCUCUCAGUCAUUUGGACAUGGUGGCGCGAUUGGCAACGGUGUCGAAUGCUGGAGGGGUUAUUACCAAAGUCUUCGGCCCACACAGAUGGGAUUGUCACUAAAUAUUGAUAUUUCUGCAACGGCAUUUUACAAGGCCCAAGCAGCGGUGGAAUUUGCUCUUGAAUAUCUGAAUAUCCGAGAUGCUUCAAGGCCCUUGAUUGAUCAGGAUCGCAUUAAGUUGAAGAAAGCCCUUAGAGGUGUCCGGGUUGAGGCCACUCAUCGGACGGAUAAAACCAUACGCUACAAGAUCACUAGUGUAUCCUCAGCUCCAUUGAAGGAAUUAAUAUUUGAUCAAGAUGGUGUGCGCGUAUCAGUAGUCCAGUACUUUAAGAAGCAAUACAAUUACACUUUGAAAUAUACCAAUUGGCCAUGCCUUCAGGCUGGCAGUGACAGCAGACCGGUCUAUUUGCCUAUGGAGGUUUGCAGCAUUGUUGGAGGGCAAAGAUAUUCUCGGAAGUUGAAUGAACGCCAAGUUUCAAGCAUACUAAAGAUGGCAUGUGAAAGACCAGCUCAACGGGAGAGCAGUGUUCUAGAGAUUGUUAAUAGGAAUAAUUAUGGCAAUGAUGAAUAUUCCAAAGAAUUUGGCAUGAAAGUCAUGAACCAACUUGCAUUGGUCGAUGCUCGUGUACUACCUGCCCCAAGGCUUAAAUAUCAUGACUCUGGACGGGAAAAAGAAUGUAAUCCUUCAGUAGGACAAUGGAACAUGAUAAACAAGAGAAUGGUGAAUGGUGGAUCUAUCAACUAUUGGGCAUGUCUAACUUUCGCGUCUCGACUUCAUCCAAACGACAUUGGCAUGUUUUGCCGUGAUCUGGCUCACAUGUGCAAUAGCAUUGGCAUGGUAAUGAACAUGGAACCAUGCGUGAAUAUCACACAAGCGCGCCGUCAGGACACUGUGGAGUCUGCAAUCAGAAAUAUCCAUAGGCAUUCUGCAGAAGUGCUCACUAAGCAAGGUCUAGAAGGGAAGCAACUUGAAUUAUUGAUCAUCAUAUUACCUGAUAUUAGUGGUUCUUAUGGAAAGAUAAAACGGCUCUGUGAAACCGAGCUUGGAGUAAUAACUCAGUGCUGCUUACCCAAGAAUGUUCAGAAGGGUGGGAAACAAUACCUUGAAAAUCUUUCUCUGAAGAUCAAUGUUAAGGUUGGAGGUCGGAAUACGGUACUUGAAGAUGCUUUGUACAAGAGGAUACCCCUUCUGACUGACGUGCCUACUAUAGUUUUUGGAGCUGAUGUUACCCACCCAGCUGCUGGAGAAGAUGCAUGUCCAUCUAUUGCAGCAGUUGUUGCAUCUAUGGAUUGGCCAGAAGUAACAAAAUACAAAUGCUUGGUCUCUUCACAAGCCCAUAGGGAAGAAAUUAUUGCCGAUCUUUACGCAGAAAUAAAAGAUCCACAGAAGGGGCUUGUCGGCGGUGGGAUGAUAAGGGAGUUGCUUCUCUCAUUCUACAGAGCAACUGGAUGUAAACCUCACAGAAUUAUAUUUUAUAGAGAUGGCGUUAGUGAGGGACAGUUCAGCCAAGUGUUGCUUUAUGAAAUGGAUGCAAUUCGCAAGGCUUGUGCUACUUUACAGGCUGGUUACCUCCCGCCAGUCACAUUUGUUGUUGUGCAAAAGCGGCAUCACACUCGCCUAUUUCCUGAAAAUCAUCGUGCGCGGGAUCUGACGGAUAGAAGUGGGAAUAUCCUACCCGGUACCGUCGUCGACACAAAGAUAUGUCAUCCUACUGAGUUUGAUUUCUACCUCUGUAGCCAUGCUGGCAUUCAGGGAACAAGCCGCCCGACACACUAUCACGUUCUUCUCGACGAAAACCGUUUCAGUGCUGAUGCCCUGCAAACAUUGACCUACAAUCUUUGCUACACCUACGCCCGGUGCACGCGAUCGGUCUCUAUAGUUCCUCCGGCGUACUACGCGCACUUGGCGGCCUUCCGCGCGCGCUACUACAUGGAGGACGAGUUCUCAGACGGGGGCUCGUCGUCGGCCACAGCCCGGUCCGCGCCUGCGAGGCAGCUCCCCAAGAUCAGAGACAGUGUCAAGGAGUUCAUGUUCUACUGCUGA